AUGCACACGGCUAAUCUCUUGCCUUAUUCAGGAAAGAUUCUGAUAUAUGGAGGUGCAACGGAUGAUGGCAAUGAAAAACAUCCUUCUGCUGUAUCCGACUAUCUGUAUUUGUUUGACUCGAAAACAUUGGAAUAUACACGAGUGGACGAUUACGAGCAAAGCCAAGGCGCAGGGCCACGGUUUGGACAUUCAGCCAUUCUCUGCAACAAUACCCUGUUUGUCCUGUUUGGUGUCAAUCAAAAGGGGCUGAUUACCAACGAGGUGUAUUUUUUAAGCCUGGAAGGAUCCGCAACAUGGCUCAAAUCAUUCUCGCUCUCCUCCUCAUCCUCCUCUUCUGUUCCAGGUGCCAAUAACAGUAACAAUAACUUUGAUCCUCACAACACUUUGAAUGAUAAAGCCAUCAUUGGAAUCUCCAUUGGGUCCGUCCUUGUGAUUGCACUAUUGAUUACAGGCAUCCUCUACGCAAUUCAUACGAUUAGAGCAAGAAAGCGCCAUUCAGCAGCUUCAGAAGUAACUGCACAAGAAGGACAGGCCAAGUGUCAGCCCGACAAUCACAACAACAUGUAUGAGAUAACACAAAAGAAUCUGCCACAUCUACAUAAAGAAUAUCAGAGAUACAGCUCUGCCACGUUUGAUAUGAUCAACUCGCCCAACGAAUACCACCAUGUCAGAGCCACCCCUGAUGGCGGUGGUCAUGGCGUACCCAUCUAUGUGGAUAUUUCGUCAGAUUCUGCUACAUUGCAUGAUAGCAGCACUGCACCGCGUGGUUUUAGCUUUGAUCAUACGUUCAGUAAGCCUAAUCAAGUAAAGAGCAUACAGCAACAACAGCCAGGAUUUAUACUUCAGCAGCAGCAUAGCAGCGGCUCAUUACAGCUGCAGCCAUCGUCUCUUUAUUAG